CCGGAAGUGCUGCCGCUCAUGACCGUGAGCUGGAUGCUAACCAGGAAGUGAUCAUUCCUUCAGGUUUCCUCAGGUUUUGCAGAAGCUCAGAAUCCGUCCGAGGUGAAAGUUCACAUCUGAUCGACAGGAGGUCUCAACACAAGACUUCAGACAUGACGAAGCACGAGUUCGAGGUGGCGAUGACGUGUGAGGGUUGUUCAGGAGCCGUCACCAGAAUCCUCAACAAACUGGGAGAUGUGAAGUUCGAGAUCGACCUGCCUAAGAAGCUGGUUUGGAUCGAGUCCGACAAAGACGUGGACUUUCUCACGGAGACGCUGAAGAAAUGUGGGAAGGAAGUGAAGUACAACGGCACGAAAUGAAGGAGUCUGCUGCUGCUCACAGGAAAUCAUUGCUGCUAACGCAAAGCAAACAUUUAUAAACUGGAAGGAAGAGUCUGGAUUCCCCCCCGUCCUGCAACUCAUACGCACAAUCCCCCCGGAUGCAGAUCAUCUUUCAGAUUUACAAGACGAGAACAACAACAAACACACAAACGAUGAUGUCCGUACUCGUUGUUUGCAGCAGUGUAUUUGAUAUGUUUGUGUCCAUGUUGUUUGUCCUCCAACACAGUCGCCUGGUCAAUGAAAUGAAUUUACACAUUUUCACGGAAGUCAUUUUUGUAUAUGUUGCUCUUUUAUCCAAAAAAUAACAGGACUCCAUAUACGUUCUUAAAUAAUUGUAAAUUUCAGUUGUCAAAUGAAAAGAUCAACCCACAAAUCGAUAUGUGAAGCAUUAAGUUGUUAAUUUUCAUGUUUAUUAUGAACAUGAUGUUUGAAACUGUCCUGAUGUUAAAACAGAUUUUAUCCAACUUCCUUUGAACCAUGUGAAGAACAUUCCCUGGAUUAUAAAACAUUCUGAAAACUACUGACAGUAUUUGUUCUCUCAGUAUUAUAGAAUUUUAGUUGUGGAAUUAACACUAAUAUAUGGCGAAUAUCGGAGAUGAUUUUAAUGAGAUUUGCUAACACACACUAAUGUAUGAAAUUCACUCUUUUGUUACUUUAGGAAAACAACCACCAUCUUCUGGGUUUUAUUACAAUCAUCUGGAAAAUGAAAUAAAAUCAACUCUGUCUCAGUU